GUUCCAUGCAUACACAGCCCAUACCUUGCCGUUGAUGUGACGGCCAUAAUCCCGGAAGAUAUGGGGCUGUGAACAUGCAUGUAAGCGCUUGGCUCUGGAACGUGCGGCAGAUGUGGACAGCUGCAUGGUCAUAAUUACUCAUAUCCGGAACCAAGCUGACUGACUUGACUCUUAUUCUUCUCUGUUCAAUGGAAGGAGCGCUCAUACUAUAGAAUUCUUCUCCCUCAGAAGUGGGUGCGAAGAGGACACUGGUGACAUCAUGCCUGGCACACCAAUACCAAGAGAACAAAUCUCGUCCCAAGAUCUGGAAGAAAAUAUCUCAAAUCGGCUCGUCGCAGCAUCAUCGGUCAUCUUAAUAGUUACCACCGUCCUGUUGGCCCUUCGUCUUUAUGUCCGCUCUCUGCCGAAUGUGAAAACUGGCCUGGAGGACAUCCUGCUGCUUCCGGCGUAUCUCCUUUCAUUAGCAUCCUGUAUUUGUGGCUAUCUUGCGGUCACCCAUGGCGGUGCCGGUCGCCAUGUUAAGGCACUCAUGAUUGAAGACCCGGAUGUCAUAAUUGUACGAGGAAAGCUGCUGUACUCACUCAGUUGGGUCUCGGCAUACUCAAACUGCUUCUCGCGAGUCUCCGUCUUGGUCUUGCUCUAUACCAUAUUUACCCCAGGCGUUGCUCGAAAAUGCACUGUUCUCCUAAUGAUCUAUAUGAUCUUAUUCCUCAUCUCCCAGACAAUUGCCGGCGCCAUAGAAUGCAGGCCGAUCGCAUACUUCUGGGAUCGCACCGGGGACGGAACAUGCAUCAAUCUCUUCCUAUUCUUUAAAUUGAGUGGGAUCCUAAAUAUAGUCGGGGAUGUUGCUAUUAUGGUGCUCCCCGUGCACACGGUGUGGAAUCUACAGGCAUCAAUCGCCAAGAGAGUCGCUAUUUCGUUUGUCUUUCUCUCUGGUAGCAUAGGCUUGAUUGCGUCCUGCUUCCGAACCGCUUCCUUCUUCACGUCGCAAGAACAGUCCACGACAGAUCCUACGUGGGCGGAUAUUGAGUUGAUGAGCUGGACAAUUGUUGAAAGUGGCAUGUAUAUGGCCGCUGCAUGCACUAUGCGCCUGCGCCCACUCCUGAGAAAACUACCAGGGUGGUUUAAACAGUUCAAGACCACACAUGAAAGCGGGGUGACAGUGGAGAGAACUUUCACUAUAGAGGAUGGGAAAGGGUAUGAGAUGAACUACUAUGCCAAGCAAGGACAUAUCCCGCUCAAAUCGUUUGACAGAGAUCUAAACCGAGAAAGUAUCCAAGGCCUACGGCGGCAGGAAGUCACUAGAUAGAUGCUUUCUGUGAGGGUAUGUGCUAUGUAUAU